AUGCCCGGCCGAACGAAGGCUGGCUCAGCCGGGACCGCGUCCCGGCGCCUGCUGGCGGAGGUCGAGGCGGAGAAGCGCGGCAAGGGCAAGAAGGGCAAGAAGAAGAAGAAGGGCGGCGGGAGCGCCGCUGGGCCGUCGCAGGAGCCCGAGGCGGCGGUGGAGGGCGCAGAGGCGCCAUCAGAGGGUGCCGAGGUGCUGUCGGAGGCAGCCGCAGCCGAGGCCGCAAAGAAGGCCGAGGAGGCGAGAUUGAUCAGGCUUCUCGAAAGUUGUCACGAGGAGAGGAUCCGGCUCGGCAUCACGGCGGAGAGCCAGGCAGCGGCUUUAGCUGAGAUGGGGAGAAAAAGCGGAGAUCCUAGCUCGCUGGGAGACGUGCGCAACCUAAAGUUGGGAAUAGGGGAGAAGUGUCAGUGUGAGGGGAGGGCGUACGCCGGCGUUUUUGCCUUUGAAGCGAGCCGGGCCAAAAAGGCCCGGCAGAAGGCGAACAAGGCGGAGAAGAAGGCUGCGGCGGCGGCUGCGAGCGAGGCCGAGCGUGCGGACUACCCGCACGCGCAGCUGCGCGAGAACGUCGAGUUCGUGAUGAACGGCCUGGAGGCUGCAACGCAGGCGGCGCGCAACCCCACCGGGUCCAACAUCCGGGUCGCCUACGUUUGUUCUCUCUCGCUACUCGCCUCGAGCCACGACGCCGAAGACGAGGUCGUCGGCACGUACGCGCUUCCCUGGGAGGAGCGCCCCGAGUACGACGAGGUGAUGGCGACAUACGGCCACGGCAUGUGA